AUGCCCGCUAUACGCCCUCGCUCAAAGUCCGUCAACUGCAUGUACGGUUCACGUCCACGCUGUCGCGGCAUGCUACCAGUGUUAAAGACUGCGAUGGAGCUCCGUAUGCCACGUUUGUUCGAAUGUGAUGGGUGCAACCGUUUGUCCUUUAUGAGCGAUACAUUGUGCGGUUCGCAGGCGCGGCGCUCAGUCAGUGUGGCCGCCUCAGUUGCAGGUGUGAGCUCGUUAGUGGGUGUUGUACAGCAGCAUCACAUGGUUUCUUAUUUUAUAUAUUCACUUAUUUCAUUAGCAUCACAUACGGCUGUCCUUAUUAUGUCAUCCACGGAUUCAGCGAGCGAGGUCGACGUGUCAGUUUUGAAUCCACCAAAGAAGCGAGCAAAAAAGAAAUCAUUAAAUUCUGAGAAGCACAUGGUGCUUAAUGUGUAUAAAACGGAACUUUUACAUCCAGAGCAGUCGAUGAGUGAUAUUGUUUCGAAAACAGCUGCAGCUACAGGUGUUGGACGUUCUUCAGUGUAUCGUGUGAUAACGGUUACAGUCGUGAACGAAGAUGCAGAUCUGGCCAAUUUUCGGAGAACUACAUUUUAUAAGUUAUUGAGAGAAAUGAAUUUCAUAUAUGUCCGGCGUGCGCGCGAUAGCAUGCUAAUAGACAGGGAUGACAUCUUCUUAUGGAGGCGGCGUUAUCUUCGAACCAUUAACCAGUUGAGAGAUGAAGGCAGACCCAUUUACUAUUUGGACGAGACGUGGGUGAACGCAGGACAUACCCGAAGUUACGUCUGGGUAGAUGACACUAUAAAUUCCUCAAAACGAGCGUUUCUGUCCGGGUUAUCCACCGGAAGCAAGGGCCCAUCAGGUAAAGGGAAACGUCUGAUUAUCGCACAUAUUGGCAGCAACGCAGGGUUCGUUGAAGGAUGUUUGUGGACUUUCGAAUCCAAGAAAAGUGGAGAUUAUCAUGAGGAGAUGUGCGCCGAAACCUUCGAGAAGUGGUUUCUAGAUGUUCUUCCUCGGCUUCAGGAAAAUGCAGUUAUUGUUCUUGAUAACGCGCCGUACAAUUCUCGGAGAAAAGAAAAAGUUCCCAAUGCGAAUUCCAAUAAGCACGAAAUACCAGAGUGGCUAAAAUCUAAAAACAUCCAUUUCGAAGACGGUAUGUUGAAGAAAGAACUUUUAGAUAUAGUUAAAAAUCACAGAACAGCGCACAACGAAUACGCAAUAGAUGAAAUGGCGAAUAAAGCAGGGAAAACAGUUCUCAUAAUUCCUCCGUACCACUGUGAAUUAAACACCAUCGAGUUAGUGUGGGCCAGAAUCAAAGGCUGUGUUGCAGUGAAAAACAAAACAUAA